ACAUUUUGGUUUGGGACAACAAAUUCUCAAAAUGUAAUAGAAGUUUCCUCAUAUAUUUUGGAAAGCCAUGAUAAAGUGUCUGAUUUGUAUGGGAGUGGGAGAUGCUGCAAAAAGUGAUGAAUUUGUGGCUAUUCAAUGUGGACACUGUUUUCAUAAAAAUUGCCUGGAAGUAUGGCUACAAACUUCACACACCUGUCCAGCAUGUCGCUUGCCAACGGAAUCAAACAGACUUAUCAAAUUACACGUAGAAUUCGAAUACAAUCAUUGUGAAGGUUGCAGAAUCGUACAAAGUGAAGUGUUAGAUAAAGUAUCAACGAUCGAUUUGUUAGAGAUUGAAUGCAGCAAUCUGAGAGAAACGGUUUCUGUUCAACGCAAUAACAUUUCAGAAUUGUGUAACGAAUGUAGUGAGCUGAAAAGAGAAAAUGCAUGCCAGGAGGACCAAAUUGUAGAUUUGAUACAUAAGUGCAUCGAUUGCAAGAACGAAGAUUUGUUGAACAAGGAUAGAAUUAAGGAAUUGGAAAAUGUGAUUUCGUUACACAAGGAGAAGGAGAAGAAAUGUGAAGAGGAGUGUUGGGACUACAAAAUUGAAAUUUUACAAUGUAAAGGCAAAAUUGCUAAAUUCGCGAGAAAGUAUAGUCGUUUGAAAAAUGAAGCUUCACUGCAAAAGAAGAAGAUCUCGUCACUGGAGGAGGAGUGCAAUGAUUUCAGAAGCCAAAUAUCGUUUUCAGUACUCGGGGAAAAUAGUGACAGCAGUACUGCAAGGCAAACGAUAUGUGAAGAUUUGGAUGAACAAAUUGUAUUGGAACAUCAAGGUCUGAGUACAACGCCAACGAACCGAUCGCCACCAAGCGAACCAACAGAAACAACACAACAAACAAACUACAAUUCCAAUGGACCUGCCUUAGAUUUUAAUGCCGAGCUGACUAAACAUUUGACGCUCAAAAAGCAGAAGAAACAACAACAAGAACAGUCAGCUAAUGCAACCGAGGCAAAUCUAAGAACAAAUCGAGGUCCACCGCCUCAACCUCCGGCACAAAAGCAAUAUCCAGUUGAUUCAGCACCAAAAGGGAAAAGUAGUCCACCAGCCGUACCGCCGCCGCCAAUCACACAACAGCAACAUUCGAACGAAUCAAAUUCUAGUGCAUUAUUCAAAAAACAGACAAAUAGCCAUUCAACAUCGCUGAGUCCUACAACAAAUGGCAUAUCGCUUAAUUCGAAUACAGUAGUUGCACCCAAUAAAUCGUCGUUGUUUAGUAAUAUGUCCCAAACGACAACGACUAAUGACCGAGAGAGCAAUAGUAGCAUCAGCAGCCUUAAUAGUAACAGUAAUAGUACGAAGCCAGUACCGAAUCAUGGUAAACCCAAUUGUGCGCCAAAGCCUCCAGGCAUACAGCAAAUUAUCGCUGCUAAAGGUGGUAACAACGGUAGCACUAACGGUAGUAAUGGAACAGGACGACCAACAGUGGCUAGACAUCACAGUAUGAAAAGUCCAAGAUCUCCGCCAGUUACAACCAGCGGUGGACCAGUAUUCCCAACAACUCAACAUUUCGGCACAAUGCGCGGCGCUCCGCAACAAUUUCAGUCGCAAGACUCGAUUAAUCGACCUGCACCGACAGCACCAAUAGGACGACCAACAGUUGCACCGCCUCGACCUCCGAACAUCAAACCGCCUCCACCACCCACGCCGAUUCGUAGUAUUUCCAAUACGAACCUAACAAAUUUACCAUUAAGUCUACCGCCAAAUGCUGUGAAUAGUAAUUCGAAUUUCGGUUCGGCGACGAACGUAUCAUCGAAUGCAUCGACACUGAAAAAGCAAAUGAAGCACCAGGUCGGUUCCAGUUCGGUGAACGAUGUUUCUAGCAUGCACAAUACGGCGAACAGUAUUAGCAAUAAUAAUUUAGGAAUGCAAAGUGAAAAAAGUGCACCGCCAUUGCCACCGCAUCGAACGUGUCCAGCACCGCCGCCACCAGUGCGACAGAAUAGCAAUUCACUAACGGCUCCAGCACCAGUACCACCGCAACGGCACUCAUCCAUACGCACCUCGUCCGUGUCACAUCAAACGGUCACCAUGCAAUCACCAACGGUAACAGCAACAGUAACAACAACGAAACAAGUGAAUCGAUUGAUCAUUGAUUUGGAAAAGAAAUUUUCGCAAAAUUUCCACAACGUGACCGAAUUUCGACCACCCGGACCGUUUACCAAUCUUCCCAAAUCAUAUCCUAGUCGUAAUGUUAAAUCGGUUAACGAAGUAAUACGUAAACCUCAAGCGCCGAGUCCGCCAGUUAAGCAACAAAAGUAUUAUGUGGAAUUAGGUGACGAUGGUGCCAAUACAAAUAAUAAUACGACUACGUAUUGCUAAUUAGGAACAAUAAAUGUUUACAUUCGUCAAUGGGUCGAUGUCACAUCAUAAUGUAUAUGUUAGACUCAAACUAAAGUUUUAGAGCCAUAUGGAAAGGGAACGGGGCAAGGAGCAAGAGUAAAUUGUUGAUUGAAUUUUUAGUACCGUUGUUGAGAGGGGGAUUGCAAAGGGAGUGACAAUAGCUCAACAUCAUUUCUUCCCCAUUUCAUAUUUUAGAUCGAGUACAUAAUCCGUGCGAUGUUUUAAGUUACAAUUCCUAACCAUCCGUCUGUAUCUUCUUUACGGUCUAAAUUUCUCACUUCAUCGCUUCAUUACAGCACGAAUUUUGUAAUAGCUAUGGAUAGUAAAUGGCUUAGUCCUCUGUAACCGUUUAAAGUUCUAGGUCUAUCUUCAGACUCAGCCCAAUGAGUGAUAAAUAUCUUAGACAUUUACUAGAUAUUCUUAGGGUUUGUCCGUUUAACACCAGCCUUAGGUUUCAAAGGGUAUUUUGAACUUCAAGAUCAUUUUUAGAUGCUUUAAUGACUUCUAAAUGAAAACCGGAUAAUUUCUCUGACAAAGCAAGGACAGAGAUCUGCAAACAAGGGAUCUUCGAUCUGCGUUUCUGCUUCUUUUUUGAGGAGCAUCCCACAAUCUAGCCCAAUGGUCAUUUCUGAAUCUAUUUUCCUUGAAAGAGAACAUAAUCAACGAGUCCCUUAUAUGAUAAAUCUUGAGGUUAUACUAGGCAGUGACUUUUUCACGUCCAUUCGGUGAAUUCAAAAUUGAUUUUCAGAUAUGCUCACCGUCAAGACUAAGUUAUGCCAAGAAAGACAGUCUCAAAUUUCUCAGUAUCUUUAAACCACAUCGUUCGCCUUUAGGAGUCUACAUACGUAUUUGAGCGUUUGGAUUGUUGUGAUAAUGUUACUAUAACUUAGAAAAAAAACGAUGUGACAUUGUGUGACGCCAGUACGAACAUGUAAAACGAACGAAGUAAUAGAUUUGAUGAAAAUGCAGUAAAGAAAUUUGCAAUUAGAGUAAAUUAAUCAUCCUCUGUAUAGGACAAUAUUAAGUUGGUUGAACAAUUGUAAAUAAAAAGGAUAAAGUUACGGAAAUAAAAAAAAUGUUAACUCGAAAAAGGAAUACAAAUUUCUGGUUGUUUUGUUUCUAUCGUUGUCGAGAGGCUGUUCGGAAUAUGAGUAAGCUGCACCUGUAACUAUAAAAAAAACGGCUACGUUAUCUGUUGGCAUCGGUGACGAUAAAAAUAAGUAAUGAACUCUGGCUUCUGUAUACUUAGGGGAAUCACAAAUACAAAUGCACGGAUGACACUGUCGUGGUCAAAAUGUGUGUUAAACUUAGAUCGACGGAAGUAACAGAUUUGAUAUAUAUCACUCGUGCCUGCCGUUUGUGAAAUGUUAAUACACUGAACGUCAGUGAAAUUAGGACAUGGAUUUGCUUCCGCUAUGUUUUUCAGCUUGUUCAUUACACAAACAAAACUGUUUGUAUGCGGUUUUUGAACUGUGUACCAUGCACGCGAGUGUAACUAUUUCACCUGAAUUAAGACUUACGAGCGGUUUUGUUUGUGUGAUAGGACCAGCUGAAAAACAGGUGAUGAAAAUUCGUGUCAAAAUUUAACUGACAUUCCCUGUAGUUUGAUCAUCAAUUUUUUUUAAAUCCACGUUAGCUAGAGCUAAUUGCUUUCUUUUUUCGCAGUUAAAGUUAACAGAUGAUUUAGCCGGUCUGUAAAAGGGUAAUUCAACUUCAACUUCAGAUGAUUUGUUUUGUUCUCCGAUACUAACAACACAUCCUAUUCACGUGUGUACAUAAAUUAACUAAAACCAGUAAUUCUGAGAAGGGAUAUUGAUAAAAUUUACAAUUUUUUUUUAUCUCCUUGUU